AUGGCGGAUGCACCUCUGUACAAGCAGUGCUGCAGGUACACCAGGGAGCUCCACGACGUCGACCUCCACGGCAACCACAAGCUCCACGUCGUUUGCACAAGCAAGGGUCAAGACGUGGACAAGAUGUUGUCCACGCUUAGGAGGAAGCUCGGUGGAAUGCCCGUCAAUCUAGUCGGCGUUAAUGUCGAGUACACGCACUACGUGAAGCCACGGCGGGUAGCAGUGCUCCAGCUAUGCGUAGAAAAAGAAUGCCUUGUCUACCACAUCUCUGCAGCUAAAGACAGGCCAAUGGAACUAGACAAAUUCCUCAUGAAUGAUGAAUACACCUUCACCGGAUUUGCCAUUGAAGGAGACAAAAAACAAGCUGAAGCUUUGUGGCUUGGAGAUCAACUCCGACAACUACAUUGA